AUGGCGCUAUGCAGAUUCUUCCAGCAGGGCUACUGCAAGUUUGGCAAUAGUUGCCGAUUUGAACAUGUAAAUCCUGGUGGUAACCGCAACCAGCCCUCCUCCAACCGCUUUGGAGCUCCCGGAGGAAACAACUCUAGCGGAGGCGAUGCCACGUUUUCAAAGUACAAUAUAUCGCCCGAUGUCAUUGAGAAGGACUUGACGACCGAAGCACCGCAAUGGAUCCUCUCGGCCUAUGCCCCGGGGCGAGACGCUCCAGACCAGCUCUUUGGAGGAUACCCUCGUGAACAGAGUUUUGAAGAAUUAAGGCUCCAUUAUAUGGUCGGAAAAGCAUCAGGGAACGAGCAACAAGCUUUGACCGAAGCGCAACAACUAUGGCAAAAUGCGAAGCAGCAGAUGGAAAAUGCGGCGCGAAAUCCGAACGAGGCGGCACAAUUCAUCGUUGGAGGAGAAAACCGCCAUCCGAAUAGACUUGAUAUAUGCAGGGAAGGAACACAAGGCGCGCCGUUUGGAGAAUUUCUGGUUGGAAAGAGACCGAAUCCAGCGGUAAACGCAUUUGGAGGAAAUACUUCUAUGGCGACGACGACAAGUUCUUUUGGGCAGCCGUCUGCGCUGGGACAGGCAUCAAAUCCGUUUGGCGCGCCUUCGCAACCUACGUUUGGCCAGCCAUCUCAGCCCACAUCAGCAUUCGGACAACCGACCCAGACAACGUUGGCCUUUGGCCAGCCAUCACAGCCAACAUCAGCUUUUGGCCAGCCGUCUAUGCUUGGGGCCAAGCCUAGUCCAUUUGGUGCUCCAGCGUUUGGCCAAGCACCCCAACCAAAUACCCAGAGCAAUCCAUUUGGCCAGCCACAGGCACAGCAGACCCAAGGAAGUGCUUUCGGCCAAACCAGCCAACUUGGCCAGAAGCCGAAUCCAUUUGGGGCUUCGACGACUGCAGCACCGAGUGGUUUUGCCUCAGCAGGCAACAACGCUACGCCAGCUGCCAACCCCUUUGGCGGCUCAAGUGCUAGCCAAGGCGGCACUACAUCAAGUCCUUUUGGAUCAACCCCCACGAACCAGCCUAACAACGCUCCUAAUCCCUUUGGCCAGCCGACAACUUCAACCGCCUUUGGAAAGCCAUCUGCUCCUGCCGCCAACCCAUUUGGAGCCGCACCACAAGGACCAGCAUCAAAUGCUACCAAUCCGUUUGGCCAACAGCCUUCCCAGCAGCAGUCGGCAUUUGGGGCACCGACAAACCAGAACUCUGGAACGAGCUUUGGGCAGAACAAUGCAGGUUCAUUUGGACAGCAACAACCCAAUGCAAAUCCAUUUGGCCAGCCUCAGGCAAAUGGUGCCCCUUCUCAACCCAAUCCGUUCGGUGCGAAUCAGCAGCCCCAAGCAGCCGCAGGUGGCAACAACCCCUAUCCCCCGAGUAGUAAAAGACAACAUCCACCUGUCGAGAGCUAUAGUUCAAAGUCAAUGGAUGGACGGCUUGUUCAAUUCAAAGGGAAGCCCGUCACUUAUAAAGAUGGUCAACCUGGUAUCAAGGAAUUCAACGGUACCUGGACGCGAAUAUGGUUCCCCAACGGCCCUCCAGGAUACAAUAGGGACACUGAACUAGCUCUGGAGGAAUACAGCGACACAGUAAAGGCGCAAUGGAAUAAAUUUGGACAGACAGGAACAUUUGCCGAUGGGCUAAUGCCAGAGCUACCGCCACCACGAGUAUGCACUCGUUGGGACUUUUAA